AUGUCAAAAUCUACAUGUCCUUCACGUUUAGCUUCGGCAGCUACAACACCAGAUUUAGAUAUAAAUCAAAUUCAAUUACAAAAUUUAAUGGAUUUUCGUAAUCAAACAAAUUCAAAUGAUAAACGUUUUAAUAAUGUAAAUUAUGUUCGACAAGUUCUACGACGAUUUUUUGGUGUUUAUAAUAAAAAAUCACCAACGAUAAAUUCAACUGAUGAUAAUUCUACUGAUCAAUUAAAUAAUAAUAAUAAUAUUCAAGAUAAUUUAAUAUCUCCAAUAUUAAUUCAUCCAUGUUUACAAUUUAAUAAACAUGCUAAAUUUUCUGGUGAAUUAUUACUUGAUUGGUUUUUAAUACAUUUUGAAGGACGUUAUGAGAAUCUUCCAUUAAUUAAACAAGUUAUUUUACAAUGUUGUACUUGUUUAAUUGGACUUGAUGUAUUGAUAAUGGAACAUAAUCAAGAGAGUGAUUUAUUUCAAGCAGAAAACUUAUAUUCAUGGGCAAAUAAUAAUAAUAUAAAUGAUGAAAACACAGAUAUGGAAAUAUCAUCAUCUCCAGUUAUCAAUGAUAGUGAGUUUUGUGUCUUGUGA